UAGUCGAUGUCAACCGGAAGUCCUGCUGACGUUGUGGUGCGGACUUACGUCGUCCGGUGGUACCUGCUGACCGUUGUCUCCCUCCACUGCUGUCUUUAUAAUGCGGCGUGGGCGGAGUUCCCACCCAUAGCGCAGUCAGUGAAGCUGGUCUAUGAUUGGUCAGAUUCCAACAUAAACAUGUCAUUGAAUUAUGGGAAUAUUGGGACAAUUCUGAUGAUUUUUCCUGUGACCUGGAUUGUGUUUGCUAAAGGAAUGAGGUAUGGGAUGAUUUUCUGCACCCUGCUUACUGCCGUGGGAAUCACGCUUAAAAGUCUUCCGCUCAGCAACAACCUCAGCUCAUGGCUGAUCCCUAUUGGAUUGUUUUUAAACGGAUGUGGUGGAGCCGUGACGUCAUGUGGACCGACUGUCCUAUCAGAGACUUGGUUCCCGCCCACUCAAAGAGCUACUGCUACCGUGUUUUACAUUGUCAGUGCCGGAAUGGGCGGGGCAUUCGUUUUUGUCGUAGGUCCUGCUGUUGUACCAGAACCAAUCGUUAUAUGUGAUAAUGUCACGUGGUCAAAAAAUUCAAACUGCAGUGAACAAAAUAAAACUUACCCAAAUUUUCAAGAGGUGAAAGACAAACUGUACUCCUUAAAUUAUGCAGAGUCUGCUGUCGCCGUGCUGCUCUUUGUGUCUGUUUUGUUAUAUUUUCCCAAUAAACCAGAACACCCACCCAGUAUCACUGCUACCAAAGAGAGGCUAGGGAUGUUUGAGGGAAUUAAAACAGCGGUCACACAACGGAGAUUUUGGCACUUGGUGUUAUGUUGUGCUAUCCCCACGGCGGUUUACGGGGCCUGGAUCACUACGUCGGAUGUUGUCCUGAAUCCUUUUGGAAUAUCUCAGAAAGAGGCAGGCCGGAUGUCGUUUUCUGGUUCCAUUGGUGGAAUCCUACUAGGCAUUAUUUUAUCAAGAGUAUCUGACCUACUACAGAGGAAGAUGAAGGCUAUAAUGGUGGUCAUUUUCGGUGUUGCUACAUUGUUUUUCCUUCUCUUUGUACUGUUACUGAAAAAAGUCCUACCCAGCGAACCUUGGCUCUUUUACUUUACUUUUGUCGCGGCCUGCGUUCUGACCAGUGGCGCCCAGCCGCUCUACUAUGAGAUGACAUGCGAGAAUCUUUUCCCCGUGUCAGAGGCCAUUAUUUCUGGCUUCAUAUCUUUCUUUCUCAACGUAGGCAGCUCUGCCUUCCUGUUUAUAACACUUAUACCUCACAUUGGGAAAAUGUGGCCAAAUUGGGCGAUAUUUGUGACGUCACUUUUAUCUGUGUUGGUAUUAGCCAUGUUCAGGGAGGAAUACAGAAGACUAGAUAUAGACAUACCAAUCAGCCAAUCACAAGACUCAGAGUCAAGGAUCAACCAAUCAAAUACCUCACAGCCAGAGUAUCCAAUCAACCAAUCAGAUGCUUCCCAGUCAGAAUAUCCGAUAAACCAAUCAGAUGUGUUACAUUCAGAAUAUCCGAGUAAUCAAUCAGACGACUCUCGGUAUCGCAGAUUUUAA